AUGUCUGAGGAACCAAAGCACCUUGAACCGGUGAGUGCUCAAGAGCCUCCCAAGAAAGAAAAGACAGCUAAAGAAUUGGAAAAAGAACGGAAAAAAGCCGAAAAAUUGGCCAAGUUUAAUGCAAAAAAGGCCAAACAAGCUGAAGAUUCCGCUUCUAGUAAAGAUAAGGUUGAAAAGAAACCCAAAAAAGAAAAGAAGGUGGUGGAACCAGCUCCUGAAUUUGAUGAUAAAACCGUUCCUGGUGAGAAGAAGAUAUUAGUAUCAUUGGAUGAUCCAGCAUUCAAGGCCUACAGCCCCAAAAACGUCGAAAGCUCAUGGUACCAAUGGUGGCUCAAAGAAGGAGUGUUCGACCCCGAAUUUGAUGCCAAUGGAGAUAUUAAACCUGAAGGUUUAUUCUCCAUUCCUAGUCCUCCACCAAACGUUACUGGUGCUUUGCACAUUGGACAUGCUUUGACCGUUUCGUUACAGGACGCUUUGAUUAGGUACAACAGAAUGUUGGGGAAGACCGUUUUAUACGUUCCUGGUUUCGAUCAUGCUGGUAUUGCAACCCAAUCAGUUAUUGAAAAGAGAAUUUGGGCCCAAGAAAAGAAAACCAGACAUGAUUAUGGAAGAGAGCCAUUUAUCCAAAAGGUGUGGGAGUGGAAAGAAGUGUAUCAUGCCCGUAUCAAGGACCAAUUCAUGAAGUUAGGUGCUUCGUACGACUGGUCCAAAGAAGCGUUUACCUUGAGUCCCGAAUUGACGAAGGCUGUAAAUGAAGCUUUUGUCAGAUUACACGAAGACGGAACCAUCUACAGAGCCAAUAGAUUGGUCAACUGGUGUGUGAAGUUGAAUACUGCCAUCUCCAACUUGGAAGUUGACAAUAAAACCAUCACUGGUAGAACUUUGUUGUCUGUUCCUGGGUACGAAAAGAAGGUUGAGUUUGGUACUUUAACUUACUUCGCGUACCAGGUUGAAGGCAGUGAUGAAAAGCUUGUGGUUGCCACCACCAGACCAGAAACCAUCUUUGGUGAUACUGCCGUGGCUGUGCAUCCAGAUGAUGCUCGUUACAAGCAUUUACACGGUAAAUACGUUAUCCACCCAUUUGUUGACAGAAAGCUUCCAAUUAUCACUGAUGGUGAAACUGUCGACAUGGAAUUUGGUACGGGUGCUGUGAAAAUCACUCCUGCCCAUGAUCAGAAUGAUUAUGACACUGGUAAGAGAAACAACUUGGAGUUCAUCAAUAUCUACACGGAUGAAGGUUUGUUGAACGCAAAGUGUGGUCCCGAAUGGGAAGGUACCAAGAGAUUCGAUGCCAGAUACAAGGUUAUUGAAGAGUUGAAGAGUAAGGGCUUAUUUGUCGAACAAAAGGAUAACGAAAUGGCCAUUCCAAUCUGCUCCAGGUCCGGAGAUGUGAUUGAACCAUUAUUGAAACCUCAGUGGUGGGUCAACCAGCUGGAAAUGGCCAAGGCUGCUAUUGAAGUGGUCAAGAGUGGUGAAUUGAAAAUCACACCAAAGGUGUCUGAAGCUGACUACUUCAGAUGGUUGGAAAACAUUCAGGAUUGGUGUAUCUCCCGUCAAUUGUGGUGGGGUCACAGAUGUCCAGUAUACUUUGUGAACAUCGAAGGUGAAAAGAACGACAGAAUGAGCAAUGACUUCUGGGUCAGUGGAAGAGACGAACAAGAAGCUCUUGAAAAGGCUACUAAGAAGUUUGCUGGUAAGAAGUUCACUUUAGAACAAGACGAAGAUGUAUUGGAUACCUGGUUUUCGUCUGGAUUGUGGCCAUUCUCUAUUUUGGGAUGGCCCAACCAAACUGUUGAUAUGGAAAAGUUCUUCCCUAUGUCGUUGUUGGAAACCGGCUGGGAUAUCUUGUUCUUCUGGGUCACUAGAAUGGUGUUGUUAGGAGUGAAGUUGACUGGAAAGUCUCCAUUCUCCGAAGUGUUCUGCCACUCUUUGGUCAGAGAUGCUCAAGGUAGGAAGAUGUCCAAGUCUUUGGGUAACGUCAUCGACCCUAGUGAUGUGAUCUCUGGUAUCAGCUUGCAAGCAUUACACGAUCAAUUGCUCGGUGGUAACUUGGAUGCUAAGGAAUUGAAGAAGGCCAUAGAAGGGCAGAAAUUGUCGUAUCCAAAGGGUAUCCCUGAAUGUGGUACGGAUGCCUUGAGGUUUGCUUUGUGUUCCUAUACCACUGGUGGAAGAGACAUUAACUUGGAUAUUUUGAGAGUUGAAGGUUACAGAAAGUUCUGUAACAAGAUCUACCAAGCUACCAAGUUUGUUUUGGGAAGAUUGGGUCCUGAUUACGUUCCCCCAGCUUCUUCCAAGUUGACUGGUAACGAAUCAUUGGUGGAACAGUGGAUUUUACACAAAUUGACCAAGGCUUCUCAGGCCAUCAACAAACAAUUUGAAGCAAGAGAAUUCUUCGAAGCCACAAACUCUGUCUACAACUUCUGGUACGACUUGUGUGAUGUUUAUAUUGAAAACUCCAAGGCCUUGAUCCAAGACGGUUCUGAUGUACAAAAGAAGUCUGCUCAGGACACAUUGUACACUUGUAUCGACGGGGCAUUGAGAAUGAUACACCCAUUCAUGCCAUUUGUCACCGAGGAAAUGUUCCAAAGAUUACCAAGAAGAGAAGGUGAAACCAUCAAGUCUAUUGUGAAGGCUCCUUACCCUCAAUAUAUUAAGGAGUUUGAUAAUGAAAAGGCUUUGGAUGCUUACAAUUUGAUCCUUGAAAUUGCCAAGGGAGCCAGAUCCGUGUUGGCACAAUAUAACAUCUUGAAGAAUGCUAAGGUGUACGUUGAAUGCCAGGACUCCCAAAUUUUGGCUAUUGCAGACCUGCAAAAAGAAUCGAUUGUUUCUUUGAUCAAGGGUGUGGAAACCAUCAAGGUUGUCUCUUCCGGUGCUGAAGUCGAGUCUGGUUGUGCUUUGCAGUCUAUCAACAAGCAAUGCACUGUGCAUGUAUUGGUAAAGGGACAAAUCGAUUUGGAUGCAGAAAUUACCAAGGUGGAAAAGAAGUUGACUACUAUCAAGGACCUCAACAAGAAGAACGAAGAAGCCAUUGCCAAAUUUUCUGAAAAGACCAAACCUGCUGCCAAAGAGUUAGCGUUCAAGAAAUCUGAAAACUACGCUGCCGAGAUCGAAGGCUACGAACAGACCAUUGAAAUCUUACAGAAGUUGAAGUUGUAA